AUGGAUUAAGACGAGAGAAAAGUGAUAACAAAAACAAUACUUCUUAAGAAAUAUCAAUAUUAUUUAGCACUUUUGAAUGAAUAAAUAGAAUUGUAAAAGAGGUAUCCGUAAUACAUUCUAGGAAUACAUGAUUAUCAAAAUAAGGAAGAUUAAUUAUAAAUUACUUACAAUUGCAGCGAAAAUGCGAAAUCCUUAUCUAAAGUAGAGUUUAGGACAAAAGAAGAAAAAAUUAGAAUGUUUCAUUAGCUUUUUGAGAUUGCGGAGUUUUUAAAAUAGAAUAAUAUUUUACAUAAUAACAUUAAAAAAAAUAAUCUAAUUAUUGAUGAUAAUAAAUUAUAUCUGACAGACUUUGGAUAUAUUGCAGGAUAAUUGGGCGUAAAUAUGUUUAGGAAUGAAUUAAAUUUUAUAUAAACUCUCAAUAAAGACUAAAAAAAAUAAGUUAUUCCAUAUUUAACAAAAGAAUUAGUUCAAAUAUUGGAUAAUAAUGACAAGGAGUACAGAAAAGAAAAAUUAAACUAGAGGGAUCCUUAAGAAAUAAUGCGAUAUGAUUAGCAUGUAUUAACAUGUUUGAUGGUAGAAAUAUUUUCUCCUUUAGACUGGGAAGUUUAUGAGCUUGUUAUUUUAAAAUCAUUUUCUUUCAAGCAGAAACUUAUGGACAUAAAAAAACACAAUUCAGAUUUCCCAAAUUAUGCCAUUUUAAUAAUAGAAUAAAUACUACAAUCUAUGUUUGUUAAGGAAGAUCUAUCGAUCUCAAAAUUUCCAAAACCUUUAGAACCUAUAUUAAGAAAAAUCAAAAAAUAACGGUUGAAAAAUGUUCAUAAUUAAUAAAUAGUUCAAGAUUACUUAUAAAAUAAAGAUUUCGAAUUUGAUUUAGGAUUAUUAUAUUGUUUUAAAAUUAAUGAACUUGAGCAAACAAAAUCUGAGUUAUAAGAAUCAAACAAAGAAUUUGAUUGCUAAUUAACAAAAGAAAUAUCCAGAAUUUUAGAAAUUCCUUAAAAGAUUAAAGACUAACAAUUUUUGAUUGAUGAUUUUAUAGUAUUACCGUUAGAUGAUAAAUUAUUUUGCUUAGUUUAUUUGGAUAAUUACCUUGAAGAUUUUAGGCUUUCUAAUGAAAGAGAUCACUCUAAAUAAAAAAACGAAUUAUUAUAUAACUAUACUUUAAAAUUAUAAUUAAUAUAAUUUUAUGAUGAAAUAAACGACAAACCAAAAGAGCAAUUUAAAGUAAAUCAAGCUUUUUAGAAAUAUUAUCGUAGCCACUUAUAGAUUCAUCCAUAGACCUUCCAAUAAAAUCAAAUUCUAAAGGAAUAUAUAAAUAUUCAUCUUAAAGUUGUUUUAACGUAAUUUGAUAUUGAUGAAGAUGAAAGAAUAAAUAAGGAUACAAUUGUUGUUAAGUAAAGAGGGAAAAAUGAUGAAAAAAUUAUAUAUAUUAAUAUAGUUAAUGAAGGUAAGAUCAAAGAAAUGAUUGUUCAUGAGGUUCAUGAUAAUCAUAUUGUAGAAAAGAGCAAGCAUCUAAAAGUUUUGAAAUUCAAUCGACAUAUAGUAUUUAGAGUAAUAAAACAAUUUUAAAUUCGUUAAUCUCAGGUAGAAUUAAUAGAUUAUAGCAAAAAAAUAAAAUAUAAAGGAGAAUAUAAUUUCAACGAAGAUAGUCGAGAUAUUAUUUUUGAAGGGUAAGGCAUUAGAGAAAUCCUAGAAUAAGACAAAUAAUUUCUUUAAAUAGGAGAUGUUUAUAAAGUAGAGGGAACUUUUCAUAAUAAUGUUUUGGAAGGAGAUUAAAUUACAACUUUUUAUUAUCAUUUUGAUAACAAUAAAAGAACUUUCAGUUAAGGUAAGUAUAAGAAUGGGUAAUUAAGUGGGAAACAUGAACAUUUCUUAGUAAACUAAAUUAACAAAAGCGUCAAAACUAAUUAUCAUUGUUCUAGCUGUUUCUGUUCUCCCUUAAUAUCCUGUUAUUCUUGGUGCGCGUGGUGCCCUUGUUUUUUUAGCUAUUAUUUGCAAAUAAGUUGAUAGUUUAAUA